GAGCACACAUUCCAUCCACGUUGAGCCUCACCCCUGUAGCCAGGCUGUGUGCCCGCGAGUAUGGGCCUCCUCAAACUCUGGCCCGGUCCUGGGAGGCAGCCCAUUGCCGUUUGCUUUACAGAGGAGGAAACAGAGGCUCAGAGAGGGCCCCAGCUUGUGAGGAAGGUCUGAGCUGCGUGUGCCUGACUCCAAAGCCCGUGCUCACCCCCACUCUCCAGCGGCCCGCUCUUGUGAGGCCUCUGUGGCCACUGGGCCGCAGCCCCACCACACCCUCCCAGGCAGGGCCAGGAGCGCGUCCCCCGGUGGGUUCGGCAGCUCCUGCCCAGUCCGGCUCCCUCUGCAGGUGGUCACAGAAUGGGGUGAGACGGGAGCACUGCCCAGUUCCCCACACCUUUCACAACCCAACCGAUGGCGCCAUGGAGCAGGAAGGAUUACAAAAAGGCCACAGGAAGCUCUGACGCUGCGGGGGAGGGUGGGGGCCGGAGGGCUCUGCAGAGCCUGGGACCAGAGGAUACACAGCCACAGGGCUCCCUCCGGAGUGGACAAGGCUGGCCAAGGAUGGUGCCGCCCAGGGCCCUGGGGGCCCUGCUUCUCUCGCUCCUCCUGCUCCUGGCCUCAGGUGAGAAAGAUUUCACGAACAAAUCUGAGCAAACAACACAGACUGAGCAGCCGAGGAACGUCUGCCUGGGGCUCAUCAAUAAGGACCAUUACGAACCCUUCGAACUGAUGAGCACUGCGGAGUGCUUCAACAACUGCGCGCAGUCGGGGAGCUCCUCCUGUCAUCUGGAAAACUUGCAGAGAUACUGGCUGGACUACGAGACCUACCUGGUGGAGAGGAGGCUGAGUGGGACGGUGGAUUUGCCUUUUCUGAAGGCUUUUGUCAAGAACGUCAGCACCAGCAUCGCAGAAGACCUGCACUUCUCUCUGAACCUCUCUCAGAUUCCGGGGCAGAUGAUGGAGGACAAGCACCAGUUCCCCGCCAGAGUCCGGCUGCCCAGGAGCCUGUUCGCCUCCCUGCAGGGCAGCCGGCCGGUGGUCCCCUUGGCCGUAUCUGUGCUGGACAUCGGUCCGGGGAACCUCUUCAAGGGCCCCCAGCUCAGCCUGGAGGAUGAGGGCAGCGUGUUGAACAACCGCCUGGUGGGCUUGAGUUUGGGCCGGAUGCAUGUCACGGCGCUGCCGGAGCCUGUGGAGAUCACCUUCUCACACCCGCGCCAGCCUCCGAACAUGACCCUCACCUGUGUAUUCUGGGAUGUGACUAAAGGGUCCACAGGAGACUGGUCUUCUGAGGGCUGCUCCACGGAGCCGGGAGCGCAGGCGACAGUCUGCCGCUGUGACCACCUGACCUUCUUCGCCCUGCUGCUGAGGCCGACCCUGGACAAGGCCACCGUGCGGGCCCUCGUGCGAAUCUCCCAGGUCGGCUGUGGCGCCUCCAUGGUUUUCCUGGCCUUCACCAUUGUCUUCUACAUGGCCCUGAGGUUCUCCUGGAAGAGGUUCAAGUCAGAAGAUGCCCCUAAGAUCCACGUGGCCCUGAGCGUCAGCCUGUUUCUCGUGAACCUGGCCUUCUUCAUCGAUGUGGGGCAUGGCCCACAGGGGACCCAUGCUGCCUGCGUGGCCUGCGGGGCCAUCUUCCACUACUUCCUGCUCUGUGUCUUCACCUGGAUGGUGCUGGAAGCCUUCCACCUCUACCUGCUCGUCAUCAGGGUCUUCAACACCUACUUCGGGCACUACUUCCUGAAGCUGAGCCUUGUGGGCUGGGGCCUGCCAGUCCUCAUGGUCAUCGGCACCGGGAGUGCCAACAGCUAUGGCCUCUACACCAUCCAAGACCAGGACAACAGGACCACACUGGAGCUGUGCUGGUUCCGGGAGAAAACUGCCCUCUAUGCCACCGUCCACGGCUACUUCCUCGUCACCUUCCUCUUCAGCGCUGUGGUGCUGGGCCUGCUGGCCUGGAAGAUCUUCACUCUGUCGAGUGCCACGGCCGGCAAGGAGCAGCGGCAGCACUGGAAGGGGGUCCUCACCUUGCUGGGCCUCUCGAGCCUGGUGGGCACGACCUGGGGGCUGGCCAUCCUCACGCCGCUGGGCCUGUCCACCAUCUACAUCUUCGCACUGUUCAACUCCUUACAAGGUGUCUUCAUCUUCUGCUGGUUCACCGUCCUCUACUUCCCGAGCCAGACCACCGUGUCCUCCUCCUCCGGCACCGCCCGGGCUGAGCAGACCCACACAGCGUCGCAAUAACAGGACUCGGCUCUGACCCGCUGUGUGCACCUGGACAGCUCCCCGCCUCCCUCUGG